GAAGGCCUCUACCAGACGGCGACCUGGCUUUGGUGGAAAGCUUCUACAAGAAGUUCGAGGGCUUCGACGACAUAUCCGAAGACCUUCGCAAGGCUAUGGAGGAGCACGACAAGAAGUACAACCCGCAGAAGAAGCGGGUGCGCGAGGAUGCGGGCGCAGAUGAGUCGGAGGAGUCUGCGGCUAAGCGGAUCAAGCUCGUGGAGCACGAGGAGCCCCUCACGAGCAAGGACAUCGCCGAACUCCAGAAUCCGUCGGUUCUGAACGUGAGCGGCACUGUUCGCUUCAUCCACGAGAUGGAAAGUGGUGACAAGAUCUGGGCGGAGGUGGACGAGGCGACGACCUUCCUUUCCGGCAAGUUGAUUGCAAGCUUUGGCAGCGGCACCUUCAUGGAUGGCAAAGAUGCCGCGAAGACGCUGGCAGAGAUCGGCAGCGAGGACGACGGCGGGAGACUGUUGAAGUUCCAUUUGGACUUCGACAGCCUGUUGAUCUUGGAGAAGAAGAAAAUCGCGUCGCACCUCGCGGACCUGCCCUAUCUUGAUAAGCCGACGCCGGUGAAAACGCUUCUCAAAGCCAUGGAGGACCAUGGGGAGGCAAAGGUGCAGAUCAGUCACCACGAGGUGAACCUUGCGGAGAACUUGAUUAACGAAAAGGACCUUCUCCUUUUCGUCUUGGACAGCCUCGAAAGAACGGGCAAGAUGAUCAAGAAAUCCAACAAGAAGAAGAAUCAG